UGGAAAAACGCUGGCAUCUUUCGAGUUCAAACUUCAUGAAAGUGGCAAAUCGCAUACAUAGUGGCAGAACGAACAUUCGAUUAGUGAAAGGUGGGCGGCCACGAAAAACGUGCUUUCAACCUGAAGAUCGAGCAAGACUUGAGCAACGCCACUAGCCAGAGCCCACAACAACAAUAACUAACAUUAUACGUGACUUUAGUUGGUUAGUAGUGCAACCGGUGCGGGGGAUAAUGAUGGGAUGGCUAGUGGCGCGGGUGGAAUUGGAUUGGACUGGACUGGAACGACGUCGACGACGGUGAUUGGUGAGCGUCGUCGUCAGACGAGAGAAUUUUCCACCGCGCGCCGCGCAUAGUCUUAACUGCGACGAACCGUGGCCAACAGCUCAGUCGUUUGCGUGUCGCGUCCGCGAGAAGUUGCUGCCUUGGAAGAACAUUUGUUUCGGUUUUCUGGUGAAGUGUGUACCUGUUUAGUACACCUAUGCGCUAAUUAAGCGUGAUUCAGAAGAGUCCACAAGACGUGCUCGGCGUAGGGGUAUAAAUUAAAACAAGUGCCAGCGUGUUCAAGAGAAUUUGUUUUUGUGUUGUGCUGUGUUAACGGAGAGAGAGGAAAAAAAAAACGAACAAACCAUUUUUGUGUAAUCAACCGAUAAAAUGUGUGGCAUUUUUGCGUACUUGAAUUAUCUGACGCCCAAAUCGCGGCGGGAAGUGUUGGACCUGCUGUUGACGGGUUUGAAGCGUUUGGAGUACCGUGGUUAUGAUUCAGCUGGUGUGGCCGUGGACAAUCCGACCCAGAAUGGCAUUGCCAUGUUCAAGCAAACCGGAAAGGUGAAGGUCUUGGAGGAAUGGAUCAAGGACUCAACGAAUGAUGCCGCGUACAACGAUAAAAUCGAGUCCCAUGUUGGGAUUGCGCACACCCGUUGGGCUACCCAUGGUGCACCGAGUGCAGUGAACUCCCAUCCUCAGCGAUCGGAUGAGUCCAACUCCUUUGUGGUGGUUCACAACGGUAUUGUGACGAACUAUAAGGACAUCAAGAAGUUCCUGGAGCUGCGAGGAUAUGUUUUCGAAUCGGAUACUGAUACGGAAACAAUUGCCAAGUUGGUUCAUCAUCUGUAUAUGCAGCAUCCGACUUAUUCCUUCCGGGAGUUGGUUGAGCAGGUCAUCCAGCAGAUUGAGGGAGCCUUCGCAUUGGCAUUUAAGUCGAAACAUUUCCCUGGAGAGUGUGUUGUAACACGUAGAGGAUCUCCACUGUUGGUGGGCAUCAAGGCAACAACGAGUCUUGCGACGAAUCAUGUUCCGAUUUUGUACGGCAAGGGACACCGGCAUGGCUCGAGCGGAAACAUCCAAGUAGAUCCAAUGCCAGAUAACACGACCGAUUUUAUCAACCCUGGAGAGGAAGUCGAGUAUUUCUUUGCUUCCGAUGCAUCGGCCGUUAUUGAACACACCAAUCGUGUUAUCUAUCUGGAAGAUGACGACGUAGCUGCGGUGAAGGAUGGUGCUUUGGGAAUUCAUCGUUUGAAGAAGAGUUUGGAUGAUCCUCACGCUCGUGAGAUUACAACCUUGAAGAUGGAGAUUCAGCAGAUCAUGAAGGGCAACUAUCGGUACUUCAUGCAGAAGGAAAUCUUCGAGCAGCCGGAAUCCGUCAUCAACACUAUGCGAGGUCGUGUCAACUUUGAAACCAAGAAGGUCACCCUUGGAGGUAUCAAGGAAUACAUUCCAGAAAUAAAACGAUGCAGACGUUUGAUGUUGAUUGCUUGUGGAACAUCUUAUCAUAGCGCUGUGGCCACUCGGCAACUGUUGGAGGAACUCACCGAACUUCCGGUAAUGGUAGAGUUGGCUUCUGACUUCCUGGAUCGUAACACUCCUAUCUACCGAGAUGACGUUUGUUUCUUCAUUUCACAAUCCGGAGAAACUGCCGAUACCCUGAUGGCACUGCGCUACUGCAAACAGCGUGGAGCUUUAAUCGUUGGAAUCACUAAUACGGUAGGAAGUUCCAUUUGUCGUGAAUCACACUGUGGAGUCCACGUCAACGCCGGUCCCGAAAUCGGUGUGGCAUCAACCAAGGCCUACACUUCGCAGUUCAUCUCGCUGGCUAUGUUUGCACUAGUUAUGAGUGAGGAUAGGCUAUCGUUGCAGAACCGACGGGAAGAAAUCAUCGAGGGUCUCCGGCAACUUGACACUCACAUCAAACAAGUUCUGAAGCUUGAUCAGAAGGUAUUGGAAAUCGCACAAGACCUCUACCAGCAAAAGUCGCUCCUUAUUAUGGGUCGUGGAUACAACUUCGCCACCUGUAUGGAGGGAGCCCUCAAGGUCAAAGAAUUGACCUACAUGCACAGCGAAGGCAUCAUGGCUGGUGAACUUAAGCAUGGACCCCUCGCUCUGGUCGACGAUACCAUGCCCAUCGUGAUGAUCAUCAUGCGGGAUCCCGUUUAUGUGAAAUGUAUCAACGCUCUGCAGCAGGUCACGGCUCGCGAGGGUCGACCAAUCAUCGUCUGCGAAGAAGGUGACGCCGAAACCAUGUCGCUCGCCUCCAAGGCCCUGGAAGUCCCACGAACAGUCGACUGCCUCCAAGGUAUUCUCACCGUCAUUCCAAUGCAGCUCCUGUCCUACCACAUAGCCGUUCUACGAGGAUGCAACGUCGACUGUCCACGAAACCUUGCAAAAUCUGUAACGGUCGAGUAAGCAAGCUGCCAACAACGGUUCAAACGCUAACCGACUCUUGGAGAAACUGUCCGGUGUGCGGAGAAACCAACUUUUACAGAUCCUUCACAACCCUUUUAGUUUCGUUCUUGAUUGACUCCACUUAAAAAAAUCACACACUAACAGCAAUAUAUGCAUAACAUAAUCGCAAGAGGAGGGAAAGCGUGUCGGUAGAUAGAAACCCCACUUAGCCGGAAUUUAAAAUCGAUUGGAUGCAUCGUCAGCUGCUGCUGGUAUUUUUUUUUUCCGCGAGCUGCUCUCGUGUACAAGUGCAAUACCGCCAACGCCAUCGCCAUCGCAAAUGGAAGAAUUACACAAUGUAGCAUAGCGUGCGCUUAUCAGCCAGCCGGCAAAACCUUCGUUACUGCUGCUGCUGCAAAAAUCUCAACCCUCUAUCUCUGGGCGGCAGCGAGCGCAUCCAACACAAACAACAACAGCAAACCUGGGGACCUAGGAAAAGCGACGGCAGAAAGAAAAACCCUAACGAGGAGAAAAGUGGAAAUUUUAAUUUGAACAAAUGACACGCCGCCAAUCAUCUAUCUGUGUGUGAUUAGAUCGACAAAGUUGAGAGACAAGUAGUGUCUUUUUGUAGAAAAAAAUCGAUGCUGACGGAAGACGAAAUGUUUGCUGUUUUACCUUACUUAUUUAGGACGCAACGUACAUAUGAUAGUGAUUUCCAGAAGAAGUAGAAGGAGAUAAAUGAUUCAAUCAAAAAAGUCAAAUUUAUUAUCUGUAAUACUGUGAGCGAUAAAAUGUUCUUUUAUAAAUGUAUGUAAUUUGAACAAUAAAGUAUUAGUGCUUAUUUCUUUUUUAAACAAAAACCACUAUAA